UUUUAGUAUAUAAAAAAAUCCUGCUCUUUCAAAAACCUGGAAACCCCACCAGAUGGAACUUACAGAUUUGCAAAACAAUAAGCAAACCAACAACAAUUCCGAAGAAUCGAACCGCCAUCAGUUGCAGCAAGAGCACCUGCAACAUCAAAAACAAUCUUCUUCUUCUUCUUCUUCUUCCCACUUUGUGGUCCCUUUUGAUGGCACCAGAUCUUCGGUUCCUUCUUCUGGUAACCCUUUUAAUAUGGGCUCCAUUUCUCAACUUCAUCACCUUCUUCUUCGUCCCACGACUAAGACCACCACCUCCGCCGCCGCAACGCUGCCUCUCCCGUCUUCUUCUUCAUCGUCCUCAACCACUGCAACGAACGCGUCACCUCAGCUCGUUGACGCCUCUCUUGCUAUCGCUACCAGAUCUAGUUCUCUCAACAUAGAUUCCAAGAGCCAAACGAACUCUUCACUUUCAUCCACGACGACGGCGACGGCGACAGCAGCCAACCCACCGGCGAAGCGCUCCACUAAGGACCGGCACACCAAAGUCGAUGGUCGAGGCCGCCGUAUCAGAAUGCCAGCUACUUGUGCGGCUAGGGUUUUUCAAUUGACUAGAGAAUUAGGUCAUAAAUCCGACGGGGAGACAAUUGAGUGGCUUUUACAACAAGCUGAACCGGAAAUAAUAGCAGCCACCGGAACUGGUACUAUACCCGCCAAUUUUUCAACUCUUAAUAUUUCUUUAAGAAGCAGCGGAUCCACGCUUUCAGCCCCACCUUCAAAAUCUGCUCCUCACUCCUUCCAUGGCGCUGUAGCUUUGGCUUCUCAUCAUCAUCAUCAUCACCCUUACGACGAAGGGUUCGCUCAUAGCGCUUUGUUGGGUUUUCAUCAGCAACAACAGCAGCAGCAUCUUUUAACGGCAGAUCAAAUAGCCGAAGCUUUACCCGUCGGCGGCGGCGGAGUUAGUGGGAGUUUAAGUGAGAAUUAUAUGAGGAAACGUUUCAGAGAGGAUUUGUUUAAGGAUGAUAAUCAGCAACAAGGCGAAACUGGCAGUGGUGGCGGAGAUGAUUCUCCUAAUAAGGCUUUCAAAACCGGUUUAAGCCAAUUACCGAAACCGCAACAACAAGAUGUCGGAUCUUCGGGUCUACUUCGACCGUCGAAUUUUGUGCCUGCUACUGCCAUGUGGGCAGUGGCACCAGCACCGAGCAGUGGAGCCGGAAGUACAUUUUGGAUGUUACCCAUGACCACUGCUGGUGCUGGUGGCCCAUCAAUGGCUUCGGUUACAUCUGGAACUGAGCAGGGUCAACCCCAGAUGUGGCCAUUUGGAACAGCAAGUGGGAACACAAUGCAAGCGCCAUUACAUUUCCUGCCAAGAUUUAAUCUUCCAGGUAACCCUGAAUUCCAAGGUGGUAGAGCCUGUCCUUUGCAAUUAGGUUCAAUGUUAAUGCAGCAGCAACAACCUCCUCCUCCUCAUCACCUCGGUCUAGGCAUGUCCGACACCAAUUUAGGCAUGUUGGCCGCUCUUAAUGCUUAUUCUCGAGGCGUUCCGAACAUUAACUCGGACCAAAAUAAUCCAAUCGAACAUCAUCAUCAACACCACCACCAAUCUCAAGGUACAGUUAGUGGAGAUGAUGAAGACCCUAAUAAUUCUCAAUGAUGGACGGAGAAUUAAAUAUACAAAGUUGGUCAGUAGGGUUUUUAAUUAAUUCCCAUAUAUGUGACAUGUUUGAAUGCCUUGGAUUUAUUUCUUUUCUCCCUUGAGAAAAAUGAAUGCAUCGAGUCUGUGCCAAGUGGGUGCCAUUGUUAGUAUUGUUAGUCCAUUUUGUUUCUGGUUUUUAUCAAGUCCGAGUUUGUAAUUUAUGUUUCAUGUCCGAAGGGGACACCACAGAGAACAGUAAUGAGAGAAAAGAGAGUUGUUUUGUAUAGGAGGAUAUUUGUUUUGUGUU